UCAGGUGUGUUUGGUGAUGAAGUGAAGUCAGUGUCAGUGAUGGAGGGAGAUUCUGUUACUCUACACACUGAUAUUACUGAAAUACAGAGAGAUCAGCAGAUACUGUGGCAUGGACCUCAGAAGACUCGUAUAGCUCAAAUCUAUAAACAGUAUGAUGUCUGUGAUCCAUGUGAGAGCUUCAAGGACAGACUGUAUCUGGACAGUCAGACUGGAUCUCUCACCAUCACAAACAUCACAAUCACACACACUGGAAUUUAUCAACAAGAGAUCAUCAACGGCAGAGGAACUUUAUACAAGAGAUUUAAAGUUACUGUCCAUGCUCGUCUGCCCAGUCCUGACAUCACCUGUACCAAUAGCUCCUCAUCAUCAUCAAGCUCAAAUUGUUCAUUGCUGUGUUCAGUGUUAAAUGUGACAGAUGUGAGAGAUGUGAGUGUGUCCUGGUACAAAGGAAACAGUUUAUUGUCCAGCAUCAGUGUGUCUGAUCUCAACAUCAGACUCUCUCUACCUCUGGAGGUUGAAUAUCAGGAUACAAACACAUACAGCUGUGUACUCAACAAUCCCAUCACAAACCAAACUCAACAUCUCAACAUCACUCAUGUCUGUCAGAUGUGUUUAGCUUCUCAAGAGACUCCCAGCAUCUAUUACUGGAUAGCAGCAGUGGUGGUUGUGGUCUUAAUUCUAGCAGCAGCAGCAGUCAAAUACUGUAAGAGAAAUCAACAAACAGAACGAGACAAUCAAGAAGCAGAAGUGUCACCAAUGAAUUACAUAAACAAUUAUAUGGGCCCUGACAGUGAUGAAGUUAACCUACUAAUGGUUUCAAAUGGAGUUUGAAACCAUCAUGACUGCUCUUCGAGUUGCGCUAAUUCAAAAUAUGUGUUGCUCGUGUUUUCAAAAUAUGUGUUUGUUGCGUCAUGUGAACCAUGUUCAUAACGUGUUUUUUCAAAAUAAGUGCCUGCUGCAGACGCGUCAAAAACGUUUAUGACAAAAGAGACACUCACGUUCACAAAAAACACGCAAGACACUCCCUUAACAGUAAACUCUGAUUACGAAUGAGAUUAUGUGAGUAUCUGGCAAACGCGAGCAUCUCUUUUAUCAUAAACCUGUUAGACAUGUCUGCAGCAGGCACAUUUAUGUUCACUCGAAGCUCCGAACACAUAUUUUGAAAUUACAAACCAUACACAUGACGGGCUACAUACAUGUCGUGACGAACUUCGCAUCUUGCGCCAUCGAAAAAAAAGUCUAAGUUGAGGUAAGAACAA